CGCACCAUCUCCGUCUCGCCGCCGCCAAAAGGAAAGGAUGGUCCACGUGCGCAUCUCCUGCCAUGCCGACCUCCAAGCCCUGCAGGACCGCUCCGAUGGGCGCAUGUCUCUAAAUCUCCUCUCUCUGGAGUCCGUGCGCAUAGCGAGCGACUCGUAUGCACUCCUCCGCAACCUGAUUGAGCGGAGGUACUGGCGAUGCCCCCAGAUCGAUCUCCUCUUGCUCGUGGCAGGCGUGGCGGUGGAGCUCCACAAGAUCAAGCAUGAUCUGUUUCCCCUCGUUGUUCAGGAGGCCAAGCUGGGAGAGGGCUUCUCGAAAGCCCUCAUACUCCUGAAGAACUCAGCAAUUGCGCUUGUACGUCUGGGGGAGGAAGCUAAGGAAAUAGUCAAAAAAUGUGUCGGAUCGCUUGUUAAGGAGGAUGAGUUCUUAGGCAAAGUUGAAGUGGUGGGUGCAGUGUUAAAGUAUAACGUCGAUCAGGUACUGAAUGGUACUCGCAAAUUUGACUGGCUUCAGUCACGUGUCCCGCCCGUGCUCGAUGGGGUCGACGCUCUGUUGUCGACCCCGGUUUAUUUCCCUGAUUCUGUGUAGACUAUCAGCUGUUUCUUGCCAGCUCGUGACUGUUGUGGUGAGUAUUUUUUAAGGGCGUGGCAAACAGCUUAGAACUGUAGGGGUAGUUUGCACAGCUCUCAAAUGUUGCGAUGUUUACUUCUUGGAGUGGCAACACCCUUUAUGUUUGGAUGAUGUUAAUGGAUUUUAAAUGAUUUGUAUUA